AUGGCGACUUCAGCUAAUCUAACCCCGGGCGCCAUACCGGCAAAUGGACAUGGCGAUCCCUUCGUUGGACCUGGCACAGGCGCACUCAGAUACGGUUCCUUCGACACCGACCAUUUUUCUAUGUACUCAUCCAAGUCGCCUUCUCACGCCCGACGCGCUCUGGAAGCGCAUCUGAGGGAUACGGAUCGCCGAUUACAGGACGCUUCGAAGUUGGGCAGUACGUUACUGCAACAGCGCAAGGACCUCUCUGCGCGCUUGGAGGAAGUCAAGCAGGUCCAGCAGGAUGACGAGCUUCCAACCGAUCUGCGUAAGAAGCUCACGGAGCUGGAACGCGAAUACAAUGAGAUUGGGAAGGAGUCUGCGCGCGCCUUCCUGACACGACCCAAAGCCGCACAAGCCAGUGAGAACGGUGCCACGCCGACUGUGCUGAGCGGCCAGGCUCGUGAGUCGCCGACCAAGGUCUCUGCUCCGUCGCGGAAGCAGCGCAAUCAACCGAGCAGUCGUGUGCACGACAUUGAGUUCGCCACCGAGAUUAGUACCUCGUUGCUUGCUCAAGUCAGGCAGCUGCAGGCGGCAUUAGCUGAGAGGGAUGAGACGUUGAGGGAGACCGCGUCUGCGAAAGCGCGCCUAGAGGCAGAGGCGACUGGUUUGGUAGGGCGCAUCAAGCAGAUGGGUGAGCAUGAGCAGCGAUACAAGGACGAUAGUUGGAACCUAGAGAUGAAAAUUCAAGAGCUGGAAGGAAGCUUGCGUGAAACGACAGACAAACAUGACCGUGUCCACCAAUCGCUCAGAAGCGUAGAGUCCGAGAAGACUGCGGCGCAACGUGAGCUGGACGACCUGCGAGUCAUCCAUGAUAAGCUGAACGAAGACCACGCGGCGAACAAAAGGCAGCAGGAGGUCGACAUGCACAGUCUUCGCAGGGAUGUCGCCACGCAUCAGACAGAACGGCAGACCUUGCAGAAGAAGAUCGACGAUCUGACUGCUCAGAAUACAGAGCUGGCAAGAGCACUGUCUUCACACUGGAGCCAACCUAGUGAGGUUGCUGACCAUGACCUUGCCACGCCGAUGGAAGAAGACUACGGGGAUGACCUUACUCCUGAGCACUCCGAGCCGCCUUCUCCGGUCAAAGGCACGCCACGGCACGGUAUGCUGGAGUCGGAGACUCUGAAAUCCAGUCUCAACCAUGCACACCGCAUGAUUCAGAACCUUAAGAACAACAUCCACCGCGAGAAGACCGAGAAGGUCGAGCUCAAGCGCAUGCUGCAGGAUGCCCGGGACGAGCUUGAAGCGCGCCGUGGUGAGACUGGCGUAACGGCUGCUAACAUGGCGAAAAAGCGCAGCCGUGACACGGACAGCAGCAAGUUCAAGAGGCCUGCCAGGCCUGAUCGACUCGGCGCGAACAGAAGCAGUACGACCGAAGUUAUGGAGGAUGAGCCGGACUGGGAAGAUCAUGAAGGCCAAAGUACGCCGAGCAAGUCACGCUUCCCCAUGGCUGCUGCAGGUGUAGUGGCUGGUGUUGGUGGCAUCGCUACGUUCGAGCAUGUUGCAAUUGGCGGUGCCGAGACGGAUGCCACCGAUGCCUUCGAAACCGCAAACGAGCGUGACACAACUACCGAGACCGAAACCUUUGAGACCGGAAACGAGGAUCUAGGUGCCGACGACAGCGACCUUACAGAGACUGAAGGUGGCCUUCUUGGUCGCUCAGGCACCGUGCGCGGAAGCGGCGUCACUCCACUCGUGGGUGCAAAAGUGGGCAGGCGCCGCUCGUUGCAGUCUACCGCAUCAGCCUCCGAUGACGAAGCCGAGAAUGUGUCGACGCCGGUGCAGAGUCAACAGCCGAAGUACCGUCUUCGAAUGAGCCGUGGGAACCGUCCUUCGAGUCGGCUCAAUGACGUCUUAGCGGACAGUCCGAGCCUACAUAGCCCGUCUUCAAGCGUCGGGACGCCGCAGCCUGCUGGUCCGAGCCUAGGUGAUGAGCUCAAUGCGCUAGACGAUGGCAGCCUUGCAGGAACGCCAAGCAGACUGUCCAUAAUCUCUACUGCGUCACCAGAAACCGAACGGCAAAUGAGCCUUGAGCCAGAAACACCUGCUGAGCUAGACGCAGAAGAUGGGACACCUGAAGGCGAACAAGCGCAAAUGGCGUCCCAGGCGAAUGCCGCUAUGCUCGCCCAUGAGUUUGCCACCCGGAAGGCCAACAUGGUAGAUGCAGGUGUCAUGACGGAUCCGUGGGAGCCGGAGAAGGAAACUAUCGUACAGAAGCAGACUUUGACUGACCGCGCUGGCGAGCUUGUUGGUGGAGCUCUUGCUGGGUUUGGCAUUGGACGCAUAGGACAGAGUAGGGAAGUCAAGGAUGAGCCAAGUGUUGAAGAUGCUCCGCUCCAGAAUGUUGUACCGACCUCGAUCGCGCACGAUACGACGGAAGGCGGUGCCGGUCCUACUCAGGAACUUCCAGCCGUCCUCCCUACUGCGGCAACUGCGGCCGAUGACAGCGUCGACGUUAAGCAACCUCAUCCACUGGACGACGUGCAAGAAGCAGGCGUUGAGAUGGUAAAGGAGCCGAAAUCUUUGGCGGGCGCUGUAAGUGGGCCGCUCAUGGAAGCUAAAGAGGCAAAUGCGGCACCGGAGAGUAAGGUUGUGGCCCCCUUCGAAACAUCAAGCAUAGUCUCGCAAGACACUGUCCCGAGCUUGCCGCAUCCAUCAAUGAGCGUGCCGGAGCACCAGGCCAGUACGCUACAACAGAUCACAGCUACCGCUUCGAAUCCAGCUGUGCCGCUCACUGCAGCUGCACCAUUCGCGGUCAAUGCUGGGAGGUCGCUCCAAGACUUCAGCUUUUCAGCGAUAGAUGCGCAAACACUCGAACCCACCUUGUUGCCGGAAGCUUCGCCCAUGCUAUUGUCGCCGUCAAUGCCGUUGACGCCAUUGACGCCGAACUUGCCGAGACGCAGCUCUCGCAGGCUUGACAGCCUUUUGGAUGACGGCGAGCAGCCCGCGGAAGCUCCGGAAUACACCACCAGCCAUGCCAUCCCAGGCACGGACGCCGCUCGGCCGGGCGCAAGUUUCUUCUUUGGCAACAUGCCACCACCGCUGACACGUACCCGGUCCCGGUCAAUGCCUGCUAAGAGGACAGAUGAAGCGCUGCCGAUGCCUUCACCCAUGCCGAUUCCGAAACCUUUGCAGAUUCGGAAAGCCGUCAGUGACGAGGGCUCGCAGACGACGGUAUCCGGCGCAGAAAUUGACGACAUGCUGUACAACAAGAGCCGCACGUCAUCGAUGGUCUCGGCGGUUACUGAUCCGGGAUACUCGCCUAGUAAGUUGGCGGCGUCGCCACAGAGGAGGUCAAUGGACGGCAUGGCACCUGGCGACGGUGCGUCGCCUAGUCGCGCGCCACGUCGGCCAGCAAGUGCAACGGCUCUGCGCGGCAAGGGUGCUGUUGGGGCCGCCCCGCCCCCAUUGCCUGAAGAUUUCACGCAAAAGAUCACCGCCGCUCAAAAGGUUCCAUCUGCGGGCGGACCGGCUGCGGCAGGUACUAUGGGUCCGCCGCUCAUGCCGGCCUCAGCGUAUAGGCAGAACCGUGCGAAAACGCCUGUUGAUCGCAGUCAAGAUCGAUCACUGUCACGCGAUGGGACAACGCCAAGGGCUGUUAGACCGCGGGACAGCAAAGCAAGGGUACACAGCCCGUCUCGUGCUUCUCGCCGCACGUCUGUAUCGUCUUUCGCUUCAGAGCUCGACGAGCGCUUCAACAUCACGCGAGGCGACCUGAUCUAUCCCAGCGAUGUCACACCUGCCACAGAUCCUCGAAUGAUACAAGCCAUCACACAGACGAUGAUUGGAGAGUAUUUGUGGAAAUACACGCGUAAGGCUGGACGGAGCGAGAAGUCCAACACCAGACAUCGGCGUUUCUUCUGGGUGCAUCCUUACACGCGGACGCUAUACUGGAGCGAGCAGGAUCCAAGCACUGCGGGCAGAAAUAUGUUGAAAGCGAAGAGCAUGGCCAUCACAGCCGUGCGGGUCAUCACGGAUGAUAACAGCUACCCUCCAGGCCUGCAUCGGAAAUCCAUUGUUGUUGUUACGCCUGGGCGUGAAAUCGUCUUUACAGCCCCAACCGGGCAAAGACACGAGACAUGGUUCAACGCGCUUUCGUACCUGCUACUGCGGACAGAGCAAGAAAAGCAAGAAGCCGAAGAUACAUUCAAUCAAGACGACAUCAACGAGUUCAAUCCUGGCUUCAGCAUUCGUCGAAGCAUCAGCCGCCUAACUGGCCGAGACCGUAGCCAUGACCGAGCAAGCUUGAGCAGCUACAACAGCCGAACGACCCGCACGAGUAGUCCUCAGCGGCGUGAGGCUGGUGGCAGUCUCGCGCAAAGACAUGCCUCACGAACAAGCACUAUGCGCGACUCUACCAGCAUUGGUGGUGGGCGGUUGAACUCCCUAACGAGCAGGUUCAGACCAUCGAGCAGUCUGCGGGGGAGCUUCUCCACCAACCGUGCGCGAUCUAGUUUCAGUGUACGGGGCCGCGGUGCUGGAGAUCCCAGCGAUAUCUACGAUGCCAGUGUCAUCGAGGGCAGCGCCGAAGACCUACGCAAUGUCAUUGAGAGGCAAGAGCGGGAGGCGGACAGGCUCGAGAACGUGCGAGCGUGUUGUGAUGGCAAGCACGAUGUCGGAUCAUUGUCACGGAGUGGAAGACACUCCAGCAUGUCCUCCAGAGUCGGGAGUCAGUCGCAUUCCCACGGUCACAGUCAUCCCAGGGCGGAGCCGAUGAAGGACUCCGCGCGUCCAAGGAGAGGCGAGUGA